GCCAAGCGGCUGUGGGGGAGACUACCAUUUAGUUUGUCUGACCUAAACACGAAGAUCUUUGAUAUGGUGAUAUCUUUUUGUCGAUUUAAAAUAAUCUAAAUCAAUAUCACAGUUUAGUAUGGAAAGGAAUGUUGAUUCUGAUCAUGAGCAAAAAUCGGAAGACAGGAUAGAUGGCAAAACUACUGUUUACUGUCGUACGAAACUGCUCGAUUCUCGAGGCACUCCUGACAGUGUUUGGUCCUUCUUGGUGCUUCUUGCUGGUUUUGUAUCAGUUUCAAUUGUCAACGGUUGUCUUUACAGCUUUGGUGUUUUGCUACCUGAACUGAUGGACGAAUUUCAAGAGACUAGAGCCAGAACAGCAACAGUAGGAUCAAUGGGAACAUGUGUUGGAUAUGCCCUGAGUCCAGUAACUUCACUGUCAAGCGAACGAUUUGGCUUUCGCGUCACUUCACUUGUUUUUACCUCAUUACUUACUGUAGCACUAGCUGUAAGUUCUAUCACACCCAGUCUCGCUCUGCUGUAUUUUUCCUAUGGUAUUGUAGCUGGGACUGGGUAUAGUGUUAUUCAUAUCAUUUCAGUGGUCGUGGUGAUGAAGCACUUUGUCAAAUGGAGGUCCUUGUCAUCUGGUAUCAUUCAGUCUUCGUUUGGUGUUGGUAUGCUGUUUGUAUCUCAGACCACACAGAAACUUAUUGAUUGGUAUGGAUGGCGAUGGGCUAUGGGAGGAUGGGCUAUGCUGGCGUUCCUGUUGCUUCUUUGUGGGACUGUCUUCGAUGGUCGAGAAAAUAGCAAUUUAACGAAGAAAAAAUGGGAUGGAAAGGAAAUGUAUCGAGUGGAAGUUAACGAUGUUCCAACGAAAAUAUCAGUUCUGAAGAAUUGGUCACUUCUUUUGUAUUGUUUUUCAUUUGCACUCUGUAACAUGGUUUUCUAUGUUCCAAUUGUUUAUAUGGUCAAGUUUUCCGAAAAACAUUUAAGCAUCUCGCGUGACCAUUCGGCACAGUUGUACAUCUACUUUUCUGUGGUUGUUAUAUUCAGUCGAAAUAUUUACUGUACGAUUGGAAGUCUAAGCUUCGUCAAUCGGUUUUACUUGUACCAGUUUUCUGCUGCGUUCGCUGGACUGUCAGUCUUGCUGCUUCCAUUUAGCUCGUCCUAUAUACACUUGAUACUCUUUAUGUCAUGUUUGGGGCUGCUAGAUGGAGGUAUAUGGGGCUUAGCGCCAUUGUUAGUCAUCGAUGUUGCUGGGAUCGAGAACCUGAACUUUUCUUGGGGAGUUUUUAAUUCAGUCGUGUCUGUUGCAUCCGUUUCGGGGCCUCCUCUGGCAGGUUUCAUAGCUGACAAGUGUGAUUCAUACGAUCCAGCUUUUUACGCGAGCGGCGUGACGCUCAUUGUUGCUUCUUUGUUGAUGUUCCUGAGAAAAUGGGCUCAGAGACACAAUCCGCAAAACUGUAGACAAACAUUGGUAUCGAGUGAGAAAGACUACGACGAGGUCCUUAAGAUAUACGAAAGAGAGACGGUGUUGUGAUUAUGAAUCAAUGAAUCAUAUUUAGACAAAGAAUAAUAAGAAUAUAAAAAUAAAAAUAGCAAACAUA